UUAGCAUUAGGAUAAGAGUCUCCGGGAUGGGCAAUGACGACCACUUAUUUAUUCUUUCAGUCGGAGUCUGCUCAUUUGGUUUUGUACAAAAAUAACACAAUCCUUGUGCCAAAUGUUUUCCGUGUCCCAAAUUCAUCCCUUUUCGUCCACUCCGACAUCAAAAACAAAGUUCGGUUCCGAGGAAGCCUUCACCUUCCUCCAAAACUGCACCAGUUUCAGGCAACUCAAGCAAAUCCACGCCAAGAUUAUCCGCUCUGGUCUUUCCCACGAUCAACUCCUCCUCCGGAAAAUGCUUCAGUUUUGCUCCACCUCCGGCAACAUGGACUACGCCGCUCUCGUGUUCCGCCACCAAAUCCCCUAUCCUCUCACUUUUACUUGGAAUCUCAUGAUCCGAGCUUACACCUUAAACGCCUCCCCUCGACAAGCCCUCCUCCUCUUCACACUCAUGACGUCCCGCGGUUUCCCUCCUGAUAAGUUCACCUUUCCCUUUGUCAUCAAAGCCUGCACAGCUUCUUCCGCGUUCCGUCCUGGGGACGCCGUCCACGGGCUGGCCAUCAAAGCCCGUUUUUCCGGAGAUAUCUUCGUGCAGAACACGUUGAUGGAUUUUUACUUCAAGUGCGGAGACGCGCAUAGUGGACGCAAGGUGUUUGACAAAAUGCGCGUUCGCAAUCUGGUUUCUUGGACGACCAUGGUUACGGGCUUGGUCGGUAGCGGCGACUUACGCGCUGCCCGAGCGAUCUUCGAGCAAAUGCCGGCUAAAAAUGUUGUGUCCUGGACGAUAAUGAUUGACGGCUAUGUUGAGGAUCGCCAACCUGAGGAGGCGUUCAAGCUGUUCAGAAGAAUGCAGCUUGACAAUGUUAGUCCCAACGAGUUCACGCUCGUAAGCUUGCUGAAAGCUUGUACGGAGCUGGGGAGCUUGAAACUGGGAAGAUGGGUUCACGAUUUCGCUCUUAAGAACGGAUUUGAGUUGGAUGUUUUCUUCGGCACGGCUCUGAUUGACACGUACAGCAAAUGCGGUAGUUUAGAGGACGCGAGGAGGGUGUUUGACAAAAUGCAAGCCAAGAGCAUAGCUACUUGGAAUUCGAUGAUUACGAGCUUGGGCGUUCACGGGUUUGGAGAGGAAGCGCUCGCACUUUUCGCGGAGAUGGAGAGGCAGAAUGUAAGGCCGGAUGAAAUUACGUUUGUGGGGAUUUUAUCCGCCUGCUUGCAGAAAAACAGCGUCAGUGACUGUCGCAAGUACUUUGAGUAUAUGAAUAAACGCUACCGUAUACUACCGAUUAAGGAACAUUAUAUUUGCAUGAUUGAACUGUAUAGCCGUGCCGGUAUGUUGGAUGAGGUCGUCCGAUUAGUCAAUGCGAUGCCAGUAUGGAGGGGGCAGUUAUGCCAAUGGUAUUGCUAAUAUAUGCGAAUUUGGUUUCGGACACGUUGAGGACUUGAAUCGGUUAGGAGGUGGUGAAUGCUUUACUCCUGAUCAACCUAGGACUCGGUGCUUCGAAAGGGAUGUGGGUUGAUUUUCUGCUAGACAAAUUUUGUUUGAGGGAAAAUGACAACAAAAAAGCCAAAAUAUGAGGGCGGCAUUACCAAAGGAUUACAAAUUUACAAUACAAUAAUCCAACACUUAUUUAUUGUCGAGAAUAUCGACUUGGCUGGCUGGUGUCUUAUUUGCCUGGAGGGUCUGUGUUUCUACUUUCUACCUAUAAAGAAAAGUGCUUUGGAAGACAAACCAUUAGAACGUAAAAGUCGAAUUCUGAUGUUCAUCAAUCAUCAUGCCUUAAUCCUUUGGUGGGGGUAAAAUUUUAUAGCUAAUUAUUCAUUUUGAUUACUUUCUAUCUAUCUGUUGUCGCUUUCCAUUUUUCCUAUUAAUUUAGUUUUUCCAGUAACUGAGAGAGAGAGAUCUAUUUGAUGGAGAAAAGUUCACGCGGAAAUCACAUUUACAGGACAAGGCUUUUCUGCCACUAUCUAUUUGGUAACGGCUCUGCUGAAUAUGUGCUUCUUGACGUAGAUGACCAACAACCUGGUGCUGUUGUCAAUCCAUUUCUCAGUUUCUUCAGCAGAACAAGUGCGCACGUAUGCGCUUCUUGCAAUGGCUGGCUUCUGUUUUCAUGCCCUAAUGAAACUGAUAUUAGCCUCACCCAUUACAGUGUUUUUAACUUAGUCACCAAGCAAGACUUCGCUCCUCCUCAACCUCAAAUCCGCGGACCUAGUAUUAGAACCGGUCUCGCUGUCGACGGUCAACACUACCAAAUCGUACGCAUUUUCGGCGUCAAUAACAACGGGGGCAGUCUAUUGGAGCUGGAGAUUUACUCGUCGCAGAAGGGUGUGUGGAGACUCGAGCGUCCCUUGAUUCACCUCCCACCUGAUCUUCCCAAGCUCAACACCGCCCCUCUCUUCUCGAAUGGAGCCAUCCACUGGGAGUUGGGGGGCCACUUGCUCGUGUACUGCAUCCUCCAUGGUGAGUGCAAGCUCAUCCCACUACCGAACCAUGUGGAUUUAGACAAAUGGUCGCCACGCUGCCUAACAUACGGGCAGUGCUUGUGGGAGUCGGAAGGGCGCGUCCACUUCUGCUACUCUGAUUUCGAAGGGAUUCACACCUGGUUCCUCCUCAAGGAUUUAGAGGUUCAAGACUAUUGCUCCUACCACUACAAUCUUCGGUGGAAGCAUGCUCACACCAUCCUGCAUCAAACUCUAGUCGCGCAGAUUAGCCCUAGGUUUUGGCACUCGGGGCUAUCAUUUGCGUCUCCUGUGGCUUACGUUGACAACACUUGCACGAUCUACUUAAGGCUACCUGGGGUGGUGGUUUCUUAUAAUCUAAGGACUCAAACUCUCAAGGAGAUUUGUAGAUACGCGUUCCCCAAGAGCAAUUUCCACUGCUGCUUGAUUGUUCCUGUUGUUUGCAGCAGUGAUGCACUAGAUUUCAGGGCAAGCGCCGACGGCCGCGGCGAAAGACAUGGUGCGGUGGCUUAGGCUACUAGUAGUAAAGAUGACGGGGAUCUCCAAAUGAAAGGACAAGAGUUAAAGAUGUUUCACAUUGGCAGAGAUCUUCUAGGCGUAGCCUCAAGUUUGAAACAAGUUAUAAGAGAUGUUGUACCUUUUUUACUUUAUGUUAUUG